AAAGAAAAGACGAGAGACACCGCCAUUACUCCUCUCUCGCCCUCUUGCAUCGAGAAAGCGCCGCCGCGACUGACCGAAGCAAGAACGAAGACGACGAAACUCGCCCCGUUCCGUGUAAAGCCACACGCCUGAGUUUCUCCCUCCCCCCCUUUCAAGAGGGGUCCUUCGCUCUACAAAGGCCCCGUCUCAGAGCUUUCUCCAACAAUGGCCAUGGCAACGCCCAUUUCCAUUCCCAACAUUUCUUCCUCUUCCUCCUCCUCUUCCUCCUCGUCGCACAUGAUGCUAUCUGCAAUGUCGCCCGUGGCCAUUGCGUCGCCCACCAGCGUCGCCUCGUUUUCGAGCAUGUCCUCCAACCCGCUCGAGUCGCUCGCCACCUCGUCUUCCUCGGCCGCCACCACGCUCUCGUCGGGCUCCACUGCCUACGAGCAGCAGCAGAGCAACGACGCAAAGAAGCUCAAGCCUCACAAGUGCGACACAUGCGGCGCAUGCUUUGCUCGCAAAGUACACCUGCAACGCCAUGCUCUGCGCCACCAGGUCUGCAAGCCAUACUGCUGCGAGCAGUGCGGAAAGUGCUUCAGCAGGCAAGACUCGCUCGUUCGCCACCACCGUCUGCUCCACGAAAAGGCAAAGGAGGAAAAGGGACCCGGAAAGCACAACGUUGGAAGCUCAGGCAAGCGCAACAAGGUCAAGGCAUCCGCACACACCUGCCUGCCAUGCGCCCAGGUCAAGGUCCGCUGCGACGGAAAGACGCCCUGCUCGCGCUGCGCCAGCGGGUUCGCGUCCUGCUCCUACCCGCCAUCCAAGGCGUCGCUCAUGGCAAAGAACAGCAAAGCCUCAUCCAAGGUCAAGGUCCUCAAGUCGUCGGUCUCCUCAUCCUCCUCUGCCUCGACUGCGGCUGCUCGCCGCCAGAGCUUCAGCCAAAUGACUUCGGUCUCGUCGCCCUCGCUCGGCGGUGACGACGGCGAGGACAAUGACGACGACGACGACGAAGAUGGCGACGAUGACGACGAAGAGAUGGGCAGCAGGGCGGCGGCAGACGAGCACGACGAAACAUUCCGGCCAAGCUUCUUCUCGACGCUCAACCAGUCGGCCUUUGGUCCUGGCCAUGGCGCACGCAGAGACACCAUGAGCAGCAUCUCGUCGACGAUGACCGAUGCAAACUCCAUCUUUUCUUCGUCGAUGCCCCAUGCCAGCAGCUUCGAAGGUGCGGCGCCUUUCAGCCCAACGUCGUGGACCGGCAGCGAGUCGUCGCCAGCGGGUGCUCAGGUCGAUCCUUCGUUCCUGUCCGUCGACUCGCUCCACCCGCGCCAGCUCCACCAGCUCCACCACCCACACCCGCAGUUCCACUUUCAGCAGCAGCAGCAGCAGCAGCAACAACAACAGCAGCACCACCACCACCAGCAGGGUCACAAUCACAGCCACAACCCUAACCAUCAUCACCAUCAACAGCAGCAGCAGCAGCACUUGCAGCAGCAGCUCCUGCAGCAGACGGGCAUGCAGCACCAGCAGGCAUCCUCUGCCUCGCCCUCGUCGAGCUUCUUCGACGGAUCCAUGUCGCCGCCAAACUCGGCCGGCUACCCACCCAGCGAGAGUGGUCAGACGACGACCUCGACGACGCUUCACACGCCUCCUUCCUUUUCGUCCUUUCCCCUGCUCAGCCUCUCUGCUGGUGGUGGGGAACACGGACAACAGGCGCAGGCGCAGCUUCAACAGCAGCAGCAGCAGCACCACCACCACCAGCAGCGGCAACAACAACAGGCGCUCGACUGGAGCCAUCCAUUUGCCUUUUCCAACCUCAUGGACUCGGCCAUGCAGUUCGCUGCUGCUUCUGCGGCUGCGGCUGCACCCUCGUCGCAGGACGCGCACCACGCCCACCUCCAGAACAGCGGCCUGAGUGCCACACUGAGCAGCGCGCCCCAGCCCGACUCGUCCUUUUCGAGCCCGUCGAUCGAGACGGUCGCCAGCAAGAACCUCUACUUCGACAUGGGCAACGCCAGCACGGGCACCGCCCACGCCACGAGCGCUGGCCCAGAGGCCUCGCAGGCCGACCUGGCUGCCAGCCUGGCCAGCACCGUCGCAGCUGCCACGAUGGCCUCGUCGCCCUCGGGUGGCGCCGCGGGGACCGUCAACCUGGCCUCGCUCGGCCUGCCCGUGCCUGCCAACCUCAACAUCAGCGUGCCUGCCGAUCUGCAGAUGAGCGCAGAGAACUGGGACAGCCUGAUGCGUAUGCUCACCUCCAUGGCCCAGCAACCUGCUUCGUCGUCUUCCCGGCCCACCACCAGCGACUUUUCGGUGUGAAAAAGGGCGCCCGGUCUUCCAUCUCUCUCGGCUUCAAUCUCUCUCUCUAUUUUCACGCACGACGACCUAUACACGAUCGACGCUUCCCCAUCUUUCUCUCAUGGGCAACUUCUUUUUUUUACCCUCCACUAUACAUGAAUGAGCGUUGUUCGUUCAGCCUCUCUCUCUCUCCAUCAAGCUCUGUACCAUAUGCCGGAUGGUCUUUUCAAGC